AUGAGCUAUUACGGCAGCAGCUACCCGAUCGUGAACGUGGACCCCAAAUACCCAGGCUACCCCCAGGAGCACGUUCUAGCCGAGAAGCGAAGAGCGAGGAGGCGCCUCCUCCAUAAAGACGGCAGCUGUAAUGUGUAUUUCAAGCACAUUUUUGGAGAAUGGGGCAGCUACGUGGUGGACAUCUUCACCACCCUCGUAGACACCAAGUGGCGCCAUAUGUUUGUGAUAUUCUCGUUAUCUUACAUUCUCUCCUGGUUGAUAUUUGGCUCUAUCUUUUGGCUGAUAGCCUUUCAUCACGGAGACCUGUUGAACGAUCCCGACAUCACGCCUUGUGUGGACAACGUCCAUUCCUUCACGGGGGCGUUUUUAUUCUCCCUGGAGACCCAGACCACCAUCGGGUACGGUUCCCGCUGUGUCACCGAGGAAUGUUCUGCGGCCGUGCUCACGGUGAUCCUUCAGUCCAUCUUAAGCAGCAUUAUAAAUACCUUCAUCAUUGGGGCUGCCUUGGCCAAAAUGGCAACCGCCAGGAAGAGAGCCCAGACCAUUCGGUUCAGCUACUUUGCCCUCAUCGGCAUGAGAGAUGGGAAACUUUGCCUCAUGUGGCGCAUCGGUGAAUUCCGCCCCAACCACGUGGUAGAAGGCACGGUCAGGGCCCAGCUUCUCCGCUACACAGAAGACAGCGACGGCCGGAUGACGAUGGCAUUUAAGGACCUCAAGUUAGUCAAUGACCAGAUCAUCCUUGUCACGCCAGUAACGAUCGUUCAUGAAAUCGACCAUGAGAGCCCUCUGUAUGCCCUUGACCGAAAAGCCGUGGCCAAAGAUAACUUCGAGAUUUUGGUGACAUUUAUCUAUACUGGCGACUCCACCGGGACUUCUCACCAAUCCAGGAGUUCCUACGUUCCCCGAGAAAUUCUCUGGGGCCAUAGGUUUAACGAUGUCUUGGAAGUGAAGAGAAAGUAUUACAAAGUGAACUGCUUACAGUUCGAGGGAAGCGUGGAAGUCUAUGCUCCCUUUUGCAGCGCCAAGCAACUGGACUGGAAGGACCAGCAGAUCCACAACAUGGGAAAAGGCCCCCCAGCCCAAGGACCCGGCGCAUCAGACACCAAUGUCAGAAGAAGAUCAUUUAGCGCUGUUGCCAUCGUCAGCAGCUGUGAAAACCCAGAGGAGGCCACCACCUCUGCCGGGGAUCAGUGUAAGGAAGCACCUUAUCAGAAAGCUCUCCUGACUUUGAAUAGAAUCUCUGUAGAAUCGCAAAUGUAG